AUGUUCUGGCUGCGAGAUAACCGCCGCCCAUGCGCACUCGGGUGCUUCGCAACGACGCCCGACAGGAAGUACUACCGCCGCGGUAAUGCCUUCAUCAAACGAUGCCUUCGGCCCCGCGAGUUUUUGCCCGGGCCCCAAGGGAUCCACAUACCCCGGUUUCGCAAGGAGUCGCUCAAGAACGAGGCCGAUACGCUGCGCUUUAUCCGCCGCUACACCGAGAUCCCCGUCCCCAUGGUGUUCACCGACUUCGAGGACGACGACGCCUACUACCUCAUCACCGAGUUCGUCGAGGGCGUCAACAUGGCCGACCUGCCAGACCACCAGAAGGACGGGGUCAUCGCCGAACUCGAGAGCCACCUCGCCAAGCUCAAGGAACUCCGGUCCAACCGCAUGGGCGGGCCCUCGGGCAUCGUGAUCCCCCCUUACAGGGUGUUGUGCGAGACGGAGAGAGAGGACUGGUCGCACCUCCGCCCGUCAGACCGUGCCGAAUACGUCUUCUGCCACAACGACUGCUCGCAACACAACAUCAUCGUCAACCCGGACACGCUGAAGAUUGCCGCCAUCGUGGACUGGGAAUACGCCGGCUUCUAUCCCGAGCGCUUUGAGUUCCCCUUUUACAAGCGUAAAGGACCCUCGGUGGCGCUCGGAGAGGAGGAGGAUGACACCUUCGAACUGCUCCAUUUUCUCGAGUCGCAGUUGUGGGAGGGGGCGUCGAGGUCGAACGCUGCCCGUGGGAUAUGA